UACCAUGAUCGAUCAAAAUCGGAAAUUGAGCCACAUUACCUUCCACUUUGGAAGUAACAUUCGGACAGUAUGCAAAAGUGUGUUAAUUUCAAAAGCUCAUUUCGAACCAAUUAGUUCUUAGCUGAAAUCUCACUAUACAGUUCAACAUAGUAACAAAACCAAAGCACUUCACAAAUGGAUCAAAUGAAGUUGCUAUGCAUUUUGUUUCCCGAAGCCUACUUUCAAACAAAGGUUCUAUUUGCUUCAAUUUAAACAAACGCAAGGGCUUCCAAUCUACUCGAGAAACCCUUCGUCGAUCCACUUAAAACCCACAGUCAUCAUCACCCAAUUCUGCUAAUUAGUGAUAAUUACUACCCUCUCGAUCUUGAAGAAAACAGCCUUCGACUUUCGAAAAGUGCUCCAUCCAAGAGCACAAACUGUAACUUCUACCCUCUAAUUAACAGCGUGGCGUCAUUAAUGUUGACUCACUACUAUGCGCUGCUGUGUGCUGUUGUUGCAGGGUACGUUAAUUUAUUUUCAAGUUUCUUAGAACGUUCCAUCUCUGAACCAGCAAGACGCAGAGUUUCCACACUUUCCGAUCGUUGAAGUCUCCACUAUCGUCUAGCUACAGAGCACGCUGACGAAAAUGUGCUUCGGGGAAGAUGGAUUCAAUCUAAGCACUCCUUAAAACCCAGCAACAUUUAUGUCGAGUUGACAUAACACACACGCACACAUACAGCUGUCUACGGUUUAUCAUUUAUUUUGUAACCCUAUUUGGAACGUCCCCCUGGACCAACGCAUCAAGCACAAAAGAUCCAGUACAAGGUAGAUUACAUUUGCUCUUUGGACAACGCCCCAUUUUUUUUUUUUUGGCCCUCAACCACAACUAUGCAAAAUUGCCAAUUGGAAGACGAACUUCUACAACAACAACAGCAGCACAGUAGCGGAUCGCUCCCCCACCGGUGCAUCAGCUACGUAGCGAUGAAGGCCCUCGACGAAAUGCGACUCAGCAAUACGCUGUGCGACGCCACCAUCACACAGGAUGAUUUCACGUUUCCGGUUCACCGCGCCAUUCUGGGGUCGUGCAGCGAUUACUUCCGGACGCUGUUCACCACUUCGCUGCCCAGUAAAAAGGAUCACAUAUCGAUCGACGGAAUCCGGGGGGUCAUCAUGGAUCGGAUCAUCAAAUACGCCUACCUAAGGGAGCUGGACAUCUCCGAGAAAGAUAUGUUCGAGGUGUACGCAGCGGCGGAUUUCCUGGGAAUGGCCAGUUUGCAGGAACGAUGCAUUCAGUACAUCAAAAGCGUCUUACGUACGGACAACUGUGUGCAGAUUAUGAUCUACGGGCGACAACGGCACUGUUCUACACUGUACGAGUAUACUAGGAAAUACGUGUUGAAGAACUUUAUAGAGGUAUCCAGACGGUGUCCAGAUUUGAUGAAGGUGGACCUGGACGACAUCUAUGCGCUGUUGAGCGAUGAAUUGUUAAACGUAAAGGAUGAAGAACCGGUUUGGGAAUGCUGUAUACGAUGGAUAGAUACUGAUCCGGUGAACAGAGCUGACCACAUACCAUGGUUGAUGAGAGCGGUUCGGUUAGGGUUGCUAAGAACACAGUAUUUUCUGGAGAAAGUCAAAGAAAACCCGUAUGUGUUGGGCAACGAAGAAACGAAACCGAUCAUUAUUGAAACGCUGACGUUUUUGUACGACCUGGACAUGGUGAAUACCAAACAUAGUAAGAUCAAAACUCCUCCACUAGCUUUGCCAAGACUACCGUAUGAUAUUAUUUUCACCUUUGGAGGCUGGAGCGAAGGUCUGCCGCAAUCGGCUAUCGAAACGUACGACACCAGAGCGGAUCGAUGGAUCAAAAUAGAUGCCGGUAAUCGGACGGAAGCUCGAGCUUACUACGGAGCUGCCGUUCUCGGGAGCGUGGUAUACUGUAUCGGUGGCUACGAUGGCGUGGAACACUUCAAUACCUGUCGCAAAUUUGACGCCAUAAGCAAGGUUUGGACCGAGAUAGCUCCGAUGCACUGCCGUCGGUGCUACGUCAGUGUAGUGGUGCUCGAUGGACUGAUCUACGCCAUGGGAGGUUACGAUGGACAUAACCGACAGAACACGGCCGAGUGUUACAAUCCCCGGACUAAUCAAUGGACCAUGAUUGCACCAAUGCACCAGCUGCGCUCGGAUGCAGAUGCUUGCACUUUGGAUGGCAUGAUCUACAUUAUCGGAGGAUUCAACGGUCAGGAAUGUAUGAACUCGGCAGAAGUGUAUGACCCCAUAGAAAACACCUGGAGCGUGUUACCGAACAUGAUGAACCGACGAUCUGGAGUUUCGUGCAUUGGGCACAGGGGAACGGUGAAUGUGCUCGGAGGUUUCAAUGGCCUCAUACGGAUGAAUACCUGCGAGCGAUUUGAUCCAGUAUCUCGACGAUGGCAGAACUUUAAGGAAAUGUACCAUCAAAGAAGUAAUUUUGGGGUGGAGGUCAUCGACGAUAUGAUCUUUGCUAUCGGUGGCUACGAUGGGGUUAGUGCAAUCUCCCACACGGAAUGCUACGCAAUGGAUUCCAACGAGUGGCUGGAAGCUACGGAUCUCAAUCAGAUGCGUUCAGCGUUCAAGGCGGUCAUCAUCUCUGGACUGCCCAACGUUCGUGACUACAUCCACAAGGAUCGAGAGAAUCUGAUGGCCGAACGGCGGCAGAAGUUAUUCAAUACGGAGCUUGAAGGCGAAGAUAUGGAGAUCGAUUCUACAAGUACUAUUAACGACAUCGAUUGAAGGGUUUAUGAUUUGUGGUCAAAAUUGAACAUGUUUAACCAAAUUUAUAGUUUCCCAAACCAAAUUAAACAGCAGAUGGAUCGGUUUGUGAACAACAAAGUAUA